CUCUCCUGCACACACUCGUGGACUUGUGCGACCACCUCGACGCGCAACAGAAGGCUCCGUGAACACACUUGCGCAAAAACACCGCUCAGGUCAACUUUCACAGACAUUAUUACGCAUGGCUGUGUGUUUGCGCAAAAAGGUAAAAGCGCGACUGAGACACCGCCUUGAAGAAACUGGAUUUUAAGAGAAAGAGCAGAAACACUGAAACAAGAAGGCAGAACAAGCCCAAGAGUGACUGAAGGACUGAAGGGUUCCCACUCUAGACAUUCUCAUCCUUGUGCCAACUCUAAUCUCCUCAUGUAUGACAGGAUAUCACCGUUUGGCGUCAUAAUCCAGCUGUAGGUGUAGUUCAAGCCGAAAAUCUGACAUUCUCAGCUCGAAAAGAAAUGGAUCUGUGGGGACUUUAUCUGUUUCAUCUCAUAAGUUUGGCUCUGUUAGAGGUUAUACUGGCUGGCAGAGACUGCUUAGUGGCGGGAGACUCGUGCUCCAGCGAUGAGACUUGUAGUCCACGACUGCGGACUUUGCGUCAGUGUGUGGCCGGCAACGGCAGCAUGAAGCUGGGCCCCGGUGCCAGAAGUCAGUGUGCCAAUGCAGUGUCCGCUCUUCUGUCCAGCCCAUUACACGGCUGCCAGUGUAAACGGGGCAUGAAGAAGGAAAAGAACUGCCUGAGCAUCUACUGGAGCCUUCAUCAGUCCAUCAUACACGGCCUUAACCUGGUGGAGAGUUAUCCCUACGAGACUGUGCAGAGGAAUUACGACUACGUCCGCUUGGCCUCUAUUACAGCAGAUUCUGAUGUUGGCAUGACAACUGUAAAUCGCUGUCUGGAUGCAGCCAAGGCUUGCAACGUGGACGACUUAUGCCAGAAGCUGCGCACAGAAUACGUCUCUGUUUGUAUAAAACCCACCGCCAAGUCGGGCCUGUGCAACCUACCUAAAUGUAACAAGGCUCUGCGCAAGUUCUUCGACCGGGUCCCUGCCGACUACACGCAUGAGCUGCUCUUCUGCCCCUGCACGGAUACAGCAUGUGCAGAGCGCCGGAGACAGACUAUUGUACCGAGCUGCUCUUAUGAAAGUGCAGCAAAACCCAACUGCCUCACACAGAUGCGGAUCUGCAAAGCCGACUAUGUGUGCAGGUCUCGUCUGGCCCAGUUUCAGUACGACUGUGCCCCCUCUGAAGUGUCCGCCAGCGGCUGCCAACAAGGAAACUAUGGCGCCUGUCUGCUAGCCUACACAGGACUUAUAGGAAGUACAAUAACCCCCAACUACGUGGACAACUCUACCUCAAACGUCGCUCCGUGGUGCUCCUGCGCCACCAGCGGAAGUCAGAGGGGGGAAUGUGAUGAGUUCCUGGGAUAUUUUACCAACAACAUCUGUCUCCGGAAUGCCCUCAUGAUGUUUGGCAGCGACUCGGACCAGCAACCGACUCUGAGCGUCUCCGUUACACCGAGCCGUGGCCACAGUGGCAGAGAAACCAAGAUCACAUCUCCACCAGAAAUAGCAGAAACUAUGAGGAACAUUUUGGACACAGUAAUUCCAACGCAGGCCAUGGGGAAUGAAUUACUGGUCGGCCAGUCCACGCUGUCAUCCAGCAGCCUCCCAAACUCUGCUUCACCUCUCGGCCUAAUGCUCCAAGCUGCCUUCAGCCUUCUGUUGUUUCUUCAUCUGUUUAAUGAUGGACACUAAAGACUGCAGGAGUGCAUGCUGAGGACCCCUCUUAUACCGAGCAGAUGGGAAGACAAGGCAGUUCAGAGGAAAAUGGACCAUGUGGUGUACGACUCCCUUUAAAUAUGUACAGCAACUCUGUUUUUCUAGUUUUGUGUCAAAGUGGUCCAGUUCCACCUACAAGUGUUCCCACUCAGAGCGUGGCAGGCUGGAGCCAGUGUGUACAGUUGUACAUUGUUGUUGCAAUUAAGUCAAGCAGAUAUCAAGUUUAAGUACCGCUUUUUGGACUAACCCAGCUCUAUCCAACUGUAUCUGUUUUCAGCAGUUAUUAUGAAAAUGUAACACAGAUAUGUAUGAUACAAAAGACAUGAAAAAUGUCCACACCCAUGAAGAUUUGUGUUAACAACAGAAAGGUCUCAUUGGACUAAUUGUGUUGACAGUGGCUGGACUAAAACAGUGAAUUCUGUGUCUGUGAUUGAACACAGUUGGAGUAUACGGAGUUAUAAUAUCGCUCUCCUCAAGUGACUGAAGCAGGACUAUUAUUUCUGAUCAAUACUGGAAUAAUGGGGAGUUGGCGAGACAAUAAAGCUACAUCUUACUCAGAUAUCCUGGACAGUUAAAAUGUGCAGUAGCACUAUUAAGAAGAGAUGUGGAAAACCUGAGUACAUAAGUAAAGCUUUUACAAAAUAACCAUAUGCUCCUUCAGGACUGCCCCUUGUCAAACUCUGUCAAACCUCCUUAUUUGUUAUUGCUCUGCAUAGCUGUUCAUAAAAAAAGACCAUGGAUAUAAGGAACGUAUCAGCAAAGACUAGCCCUCGAAAAGGAGAUAACCUAAAAGCAGUACCUGUUUACCUGUAGCUGCUGUACUAUGUGUUUGUGAGUAUAGUACCCUUUUAUUUCUCAUUGUGUAAGUGAACAUUGCUAUAGGGGGCUAUAUGUGUUUGUGCCAGAAAAAGAAGUGAAGGGUUUGACUAAUUGAGUGUUCAAACACUGGUACGGAGCCUGUUUGAGAUUAGACAGUUAUGAAUGACUCGGUAUUUUGUUUUGGGAAUAUGUCAGUGGAUUCUGAACAGGACCAGAAGUGCUGCAAAUAAAAGUUCUCAGAUGUUUACACA